CCUCCAGGCUACUGGAUGGCCCCUCUACCUCCAGGACAUCAUUCAGUCCCGCUCCUCGACUCGCCCACUUGGUUCUGUGACAUAAGGACGUCUCCUUCUUCUUGCGUUCAGGAUGAAGGAUUCCCCCUCCUACACCCUGAGGUGCUUCUCCUUCCUGUCUCCCCAGUCCUGGACCCUCCUCCUCCCUCGGCCCUGCUCCUCUCAGUCCCUGCCGUCGGUCUGGCGGGGGCUACGGAUGCCCCGUCCCCACACGUCCAGGGCGUUUGGUGCCCAUGUGUAAGCUGCGACGCGUGUUUGAAAGGCAACUUCCGAGGGCGGAGAUACAAGUGUUUAAUCUGCUACGACUACGACCUGUGUGCGUCGUGUUACGAGGGCGGAGCCACCACCACCAGACACACCACAGAACACCCCAUGCAGUGCAUACUGACCAGGGUCGACUUCGACCUGUACUAUGGAGGGGAGGCCCUGUCUGUGGAGCAGCCCCAGGCCUACACCUGCCCGUACUGUGGCAGGAUGGGCCACACAGAGAGCUCCCUGCAGGAGCACGUAGCAGGGGAGCAUGCAGACACCUCGACCGAGGUGAUAUGCCCCAUCUGUGCAGCGCUGCCUGGCGGAGACCCCAACCAUGUGACAGACGACUUUGCUGCUCAUCUCACACUGGAACACAGAGCUCCCAGAGACCUGGAUGAGUCCAGCGGGGUGCGUCAUGUGAGGAGGAUGUUCCACCCUGGGAGGGGGCUGGGGGGGCAGCGGGCUCGUAGGUCCAACAUGCACUUCACCAGCACCACCACCGGGGGGCUCUCCAACACCCAGAACUCCUCGCAGAGCUCCAACUACAACAGAGAGGCCAUGGACCCCAUAGCAGAGCUCCUGUCCCAGCUGUCGGGGGUGCGGCGCUCCGCGGGGGGCCAGGUGAGCUCGGGGCCGUCGGCCUCGCAGCUGCAGCAGCUCCAGAUGCAGCUGCAGCUUGAGCGUCAGCAGGCCCAGGCUGCCCGGCAGCAGCUGGACACGGCCCGCGGAGCCCCCCGCAGCGCCCCCGCCCGCGCCGCCCUGGGCACCGCCAACAGCAACGCCAGCCCCAACGCCAACCCCUGCCCCCCGCCCGGCCCCCACCCCGGCACGCACGAGCACAACACACACGCCGGGCACAACUUCCUCCUCAACAGGCUGAGUGAGCCCAGGCUGUCGGAGGUGGACCUGCAGGAGUGUGAGUCUGGCUGGGCGGACCGCGGCCUGUUUGUGACAGAGCUGCUGCUGUCCACACUGCUGCUGGACCACAACGCCCCAGCAGCCCAUCACCACGCCGGCCCUCUUCGGGGCUUCGCCGACUUCGGGGCCAUGGGCUGCCUGGAUGUCAUGACCCUGGAGGUGGCGCUGGAGAACCUCAACCUCAGAGAAGCAACGGCGAACGCCGUGAAGAAGCAGCCCCCCCCCCGCCCCCACGCUGAUGCCCCGCCCCCACGCUGAUGCCCCGCCCCACACCCGCCACGGCGGCCAAAUGCCAAGCGAUGACACGUUUUGAAAACAAAGACUUCUCUGCUUCGGUUCUUUCCUUGUGUCCUAUUUUGAUGCCAUUUCAGCCCUCCCUCGCCCCCUCCCUAUCGACACGUUGUGUACAUUAAAUACAGGAGUGAGAAUCUGAAAUCAAGAGAGCAUGUGACAGACCACAGAGAACGAAAAAAAAACUAUAUCUAUAUAUAUAUCAGAUAAAUAUCUAUGAAUACUGGUAAUCAAUUUCAAACAUAACCCAAUGUUUCCUUUAGCUGCCGGUGGGCAGUAUGUGGUUUAGCUGUCAGAUAAACCUCCACACUAACACACUGAGGACUUAUCAACAAACAAGAUGCUGCUUGUGUUUAUGGUUCUUCAUGUUUAAAGUGCUUGUGUGGUUGACCAUAACCUUUGGCAUGAGCUCCUUCCCCCUGUGCCCAGGGACUGCACCGUCACUGCAGACUGAAAGGGAUCCUUCCAGAGGGGCACCUGCUAACAUGGUUUUAUUUUUGGAGGUUAAGCGACGUCAAAUGUCACAAAAUUGUUUGAUGAUCCUGAUACAGACUGCUAAUACUGUUUUUUGUUUAAAUUAAGCUCCGCCCCCAUUCAGUCUGGUAUCACUUAUGAUUGGCUCGUGUAACUCAGGUCCAGUUGAGCUGUGGGGGCUGUUUUGAGUUGCCUAGCAACUAGACACUACACACGCCUCACAGAUAUGACAAGGCCAUGGGCAAAAAAUAUGUCAUAAAUGGAGCAGUUGCAUAACUGUCUGUUUUAGAACUGACAUUGGAAAAGUGUUUUGGGAUAACGUUCUGUUCUCUACCUUCCCUUGAUUCCUUCAAGAUGUUCCUCAGCAUUUCUCUAAUUCAGAGGUGUUGCAUGUCAACGCGAGAGAAUCACAAAUGGUCAACCUCAUUAUUCAUUUGGUCCACGUGAGGAACACCUUGGUAUUCCUCCACUGCUACCCGAAGAAAUGCGAUGAAUGUUUUCUUGGUGUUUGGAAAGGCCAUUCAACUUGGAGGACAAUAAAAUGAUUUUGGAUGGUAAUGAUCUAACCCA